GAGGGGGGUUUCCCUGGGCACUGCGCCGUCCCGUCCCACGUCAGCUGGGGCAUUGGGUGGCUGACGGCUGCAUACCAAGCCUCCCGCUUGGCCCCAGCGCACUUACGUCCCUGUUCCUGCCGGGCCCGCGGCUAAAUAUAUUUCCCCAGUUUGCAAAUGUAGCACAAGUCCUGCAACCUGACCCCCGUCCCGCUGGCUCCAGUUCCCUUCCUUUACACAAGGUUCACGUUCCUUUGAGUUGUGGAGGUAUACGGGAGCGGCGGGGUGGGCCUAAAAGGGUUUUGGAGGGUAAGAGAGCGUCUCAUGGUUUUCUCUCACACACUGCACUAUUUUCUGGAUCUCUCUGCAUAUGUGCACAUGUCGAGCUAACCAGACACGCUAGUUGGUACUUCACACACACAGACUGUGGACUAAGGCACUGCCCCCCGUGGGUCGGCUGUGGUGAGGAGAGUGUGGCAAAGGAGGCAUGGAGAGGACUGAGCGGCUCCAGCGGCCCGUCGUGGGCUCGGCAGACUCCUACACGAGCAGGCCGUCGGACUCUGACGUGUCCCUGGAGGAGGAUCCCGAGGCCCUGAGGAAGGAGGCGGACCGGCAGGCCCUCGCCACGCUCGAGAAAGCAAAGACUAAACCUGUGGCCUUUGCGGUGCGGACAAAUGUGGGCUACAACCCGGGCCCCAGCGACGACGUUCCUGUGCAGGGCAUGGCCAUCUCCUUCGAAGCCAAAGACUUCCUACACAUUAAAGAGAAAUACAACAACGACUGGUGGAUCGGGCGUCUGGUGAAGGAGGGCUGCGAGGUGGGCUUCAUCCCCAGCCCGGUCAAGCUGGAGAACACCCGGCUUCUACAGGAACAGAGGAUGAGGCAGAACCGACUCAGCUCCAGCAAAUCCGGGGGAAGCUCCAGCCUGGAUGUUGCCACGGGAACGCGCAGGCCAACCCCGCCCGGUACAGGCGGUCCGGCUAAACAGAAACAGAAGUCGAUGGAGCAUGUGCCUCCCUACGACGUGGUUCCUUCCAUGAGGCCAAUCAUCCUGGUCGGACCGUCGCUCAAAGGUUACGAGGUGACAGACAUGAUGCAGAAGGCUCUCUUUGAUUUCCUGAAACACAAGUUCGAGGGAAGGAUAUCCAUUACCCGGGUGACAGCGGACAUCUCGCUGGCCAAGCGCUCGGUUCUCAAUAACCCCAGCAAGCAUACCAUCAUUGAGCGCUCCAGCACCCGCUCUAGCCUCGCUGAAGUUCAGAGCGAGAUCGAGCGCAUCUUUGAGCUGGCCCGCACGCUGCAGCUGGUGGCCUUGGACGCCGACACCAUCAACCACCCGUCUCAGCUGGCCAAGACCUCACUGGCUCCCAUCAUCGUCUACAUCAAGAUAGCAUCGCCGAAGGUUCUGCAGAGGCUCAUCAAGUCCAGGGGGAAAUCCCAAGCCAAACACCUCAACGUGCAAAUGGUGGCAGCUGACAAGUUGGCUCAAUGCCCCCCUGAGUUGUUUGACAUAAUCCUGGACGAAAACCAGCUGGAAGACGCCUGCGAGCACCUGGCCGACUACUUGGAGGCCUACUGGAAGGCCACGCACCCGCCCAGCAGCAACCCACCCAACCCGCUGCUCAACCGCACCAUGGCCACGGCCGCAUUGGCCGCCUCGCCGGAGCCCGUCUCCAACCUGCAGGGAUCCAACCUGGUGCACGGCGAGCCCCCCAAACGGGAGGGGACGGAGUGCGGCGGGAGCGAAUACCACGCCGACCUGGGCGUAAAACCUCAGCAUCAGCAACAGCAUCAGCCACAUCAGCAGGCGUACCUGCGCUCCUCUCGCGGCCAACCCCGAGGGGGCAGCGGCCGCGCCCUAUCCAGGCAAGACACCUUUGACUCGGAGACGCAGGGCAGCCGGGACUCGGCGUACACCGAGGCCGGAGACUCCUGCAUGGACAUCGAGACCGACCCUUACGAGGAGCCAGAGCCUUACCGCGGAGGAGGCGGCGGCGGAGGAGGAGGAGGGGGCAGCCGCCUACACCUGGCGCAUCACCACGGGCGCCAGGCGUCCUGGGAGGACGAGGGAGCUGAGCCGGACCAGGAGAACCUGAACCAGGCGCCUGCACCCAGUCACGGAGGCCAGCAGCAUCACGGGCGAGCCAAGCUGAGGGAGCGCUACUGCCAGGAGCCGCUGGACACGGGGGGCAGCAACAAGGGCCGCAACAAGAACCAGGAUGAUUGGGGCAGGGACGUCUACAUCCGCUGAGGGGAGGGAAGAGGAGCCGACGGCAAAUGUUUACAUCCGACGACGACAGUAAUCCCCCACUAUUUGCCUCCCUAAAAAAAAAAAAAAACAACAUAUAUAUUUAUUGCCUAUAUUGGCUUUAUCCUCAAACGUUUUAGUGUACCUUUAAAAAAAAACAAAACACUUGGCUCUCCAAGUAACAAAAAUAGUAACCUACAAUAAAAUACAGUAGUGUAGUAAGCCCAAGUGUUCACGUAUCUAUGAAACGGUUUUAGUCGUAAAAAAGCUAUUUUUAAUAUUACUGGAUUAGAUGCUGUUUGAAUGUUAACACUCUCCUUGAACCUAGCUCAAUAAAAACUUCACUUAAACCAAUAUUCUGUAAAAAUGUAUUGGACAUAAUAGUUAGAAAUUAUACCAAUUGUUCCAAAUGUGAUACUUUUUGAAGCACUGGCCUCUAAUAGACACCAAUCUUACAGAAGAAGCACCAAAAUGGCUAGCUAAGGACGGUUUUCCCUCAAAACCCUUGACGACGUGAAUUUGCGAAUAGUGGGGGAUUUGUGUACUUUUUUUUAAUUUUUAUUUUUACAUGUUAAUACUGCAUGAAUGUCACGAGACAGCACGAGGGACGCCACACGUUCUGAUUGUCAUCUCUGUCAAGCUUCGGUAAAUUGCGAGGACGUCGUCACGUCUGUCCUCCCAAGUCUUAAACAGGGUCUAUAUCACGCCCCCUCUACCCCCCACCCCCACUAGUGUGCAGUGCCUGGGUCGCCCCAUGCCUUGCCUUUUUGAAUCUCCACUGCUUACCACCAGGACCUUAAAAAAAAAAAAAAAAAAAAAGCAGGUGGACAAGUCGUUCUAUGUUGGAUAAUUUUUAUGGACUCAGUUCUCUCCUCCGUUGUAGUGUUCAGUGUGCCCCCCGCCCUCAUCCCUCUGCAGUUAAAGCCCCACAAUCCCAAGUGCCGGAAGGUCUCUCCAAGCCAUGUCCGCCGACAGCGCAGCCGCCGUCUUAAAAACUCUUAACACUCCUUCUUCGCGGGCCACGUUGUCUCUUCGUCUCGGUCCAACUCAUCUGGCUUUAUUUUGUGUUAUUUAUGCUCAGAUAUACUCGCUUGAAAUCAUAUCGACACAAUUUAUGUCCCCCCCAGCUCUAAUUUUUUUUUAAACUCCACUUGUGAGGUUGUGAGAGGCUUUAAUCAUUAAUUAUCUGCCCCCCCCCCCCGCGCCCUUCCUCCCAUCUUCAUCUGGAUAAAUUAAUAUUGAACAAUGUUAUUGUUGCAUUAUCGCAAUUGUUUAAAAUAUAUAUAUAAUGAGAUCACAUGUAUCAUUGGUGCCUGAUUGUAGCCACAUUUGUUGCUUUUUCUGCCUUUCAUUUUUAAUCUGUGGAUAAAUUCGUAUUUUAAUUAAAAAUGUAAGCAGAAAAUACCGCCGUGCAGUUUUUUGUGUGUGUCACAGAUCCCAAUAAGACGGCUUCAGAGGUCGACACGGCCAAUCAAAAUGCUCCUCCUGUAAGUCACUGAGGAUUCGUCUUAAUUCAUAAUUUUAAUUACUUUGAACCUCUCUAAAGUUCCUUACGGAUGGCCGUAAAGUUUCUUUGUGGAGUCAUAAAAAUGCAGAAUGGACUUCGAUAUUUAGGUGUUCCUGGUUACAUUCUUCUUUUUCUUUCGGCUUGUCCCGUUAGGGGUCGCCACAGCGUGUCAUCUUUUUCCAUCUAAGCCCAUCUCGUGCAUCUUCCUCUCUUAACACCCACAGUCUUCAUGUCCUCCCUCACAACAUCCAUCAACCUUUUCUUUGGUCUUCCUCUCGCUCUCUUCCUUGGUAGCUCCAUCCUUACCGUCCUCCUACCAAUAUACUCUCGCUCUCGCCUCUGGACAUGUCCAAACCAUCUCGGUGUGCUCUCUCGAACCUUGUCUCCAAAACCUCCAACUUUGGCUGUCCCUCGAAUGAUCUCAUUUCUAAUCCUAUCCAACAUACUCAAUCGGAGCCAGGACCUCAACAUCUUCAUUUCUGCUACCUCCAGUUCUGCUUCCUGUCGUCUCUUCAGUCCCACCGUCUCUAAUCCCGCCUCACCGCUGUUUUAUAAACUUUGCCCUUCAUCCUAGCGAAGACUCUUCUGUCGCAUAGAACACGAGACACCUUCCGCCAACUCUUCCAUCCCGCUUGGACCCGUUUCUUCACUUCCUUACCACAAUCUCCUUUGCUCUCUAUUGUUGACCCCAAGUAUUUGAAGUCGUCCACCCUCGCUAUCUCUUCUCCUCGGAGCCUCACUCUUCCCCCUCCUUAUUUCAGGUUAUCUUCAUUCCUCUCCUUUCCAGUGCGUGCCUCCAUCUUUACAAUUGUUCCUCUGCCUGCUCCUUGCUUUCACUGCAGAUCAGAAUAUCCACAAUGUCCAAGGGGAUUCCAGUCUAACCUCGUCUGUCGGCCUAUCCGUUACUAGCGCAAACACGAAGGGGCUCACCGCGGAUCCCUGAUGAACUCCCACCUCUACCUUAAAUUCUUCUGGCACAUCUCACCGCUGUUCUGCUGCCCUCAUACAUGUCCUGUACUAUUCUAACACAUUUCUCCGCCACACUAGACUUGCGCAUGCAGUACCGCAGUCCCUCUCUUGGUUCUCUGUCAUAGGGUUUCUCUCGGUCUACAAAGACAUAAUGCAGCUCCUUCUGACCUUCUCUGUACUUUUCCACGAGCAUCCUCAAGUCAAAUAAUGCAUCUGUGAUACACUUUCUAUAGGCAUGAAACCAUACUUUUGCUCGCAGAUAAUAACUUCUGUCCUGUGUCUAGCCUCCACUACUCUUUCCCAUAACGACAUUGUGUGGCUCAUCAUCUAAAAAAAAAAUAAAAAAU